AUGCUCGACGAGCACCGCCAUGGUUCUGAUUCUUCUGUGGUUGUCUCCAAUAGGUUGCGUGCUAAGACGUCGCCCAAGAUUUUAGCCAGAAGCAGGACUGCUGUGAAGACAGCAUCAAAGCCGAAGAAACGUGCGCAUUCAGACAUGCUCGAAACUGUCGAGCCGGAGUCUUGCAACCUGGGCCCAGAUGUGUGGCUCAGACGGAACAGCGAGCGCAUGCCUCUGCUUGACAGACUGUUCAGCUGGCGCCGCUGGAUGUGGAGGGCUUGGCUCCAUUUUCGUAGGAGUGUGCAACAUGCUCCUCUGGAUGAAGGCUUGCAGAUGCAGGUUGUCGGGGAGAUGGUCCAGAGUCAUGGCUGCCAAGGGCUUUCCGUUUCAGAAACAACGGCAGUCUCCGACAACGACAUUGAAUCGAUGACAGCUGCGCUGCAAAGCAUGAACGAGAUAUCUAUGAGCUCUAGCUUCUCAGGGGUGGACGCACCGUGCACAUCAUUCUUGAUGUUGGGGCUAGGGCUUUGUGAAGAGCUAUCGAUGUCAGCGGAACACAUACCACGACCUCGCAAUGCUUUUGCGAUCGAGUGGACACACCAUGCACAGCAGGAGUUGAAGGCACACCCCCACAGUCCAGGGUGUGUCUUUGGAGACAUCACACAAUUCUGGAACACCUCCACCGCCAUCCGCAUGUCUCAGCUUUUGGAAUGUGAAGAUGCUGUGAACAAUGUGUUGCUGCCGCUGAUGAAGCAGCGACAGGCUACCACCCGUACAGGAUGGUGCUUGGUGCACAACCAGAAGUGCGAGGUGCCCUCGUGCCGGUUGCAUGUGGCUGGCACGCCGUGCACGGAUGCAUCGAUCCGUGGAAAGAUGGCUGGCAUCCGCGGGCCAACUUACCAGUACUUUUUGUGCUGGUGCAGCAUGAGGUUGGACCUUCAGGAGGCAGUGCUGAUCCAGGAAAAUGUGGAGAACUUUGCUUCUGACGAGAUGGUGCGCAUCCUUGGACACGUCUACCACAUCGAGUAUGCCAUGAUGUCUCCAAAGGACUACGGCUUUGCAAUCUCGAGGCCCCGCAAGUGGUCGAUUCUUCGCCACAAGUACAAGACGAAAGCAUGGACGACGCCUUGGAAUAUCUUUGUGAAAAUGUUCCAAGAUCACCGAAUCCCAGGUGACUCGGCAGUGCCAGCAUGGGACAUGUACUUUGCUGCAGACUUGGACGAGAUCUACGAGGAGCUUUGCUGGGCAUGCGGACGGCCGGACAGCCGUUUGCAUGAGGAUGGUUGCCCUUUCCCAGACCUGGCUCACUUUGCAAGCGCAUGCGAAACGAAUCCAGAAGCAGUGCGAAGGGCCUUCGUCGAAUCCCUGACCGCGUCAGAGUUUGAGUUUCUGUUGCACUACAGGACAGAGAGGCCAAACAAUGUCUAUGCCCUCAACCAGGAUCCGUCAUUUUCUUUCACGUCCAGUCAUGCUUCCCACCUCCAGACCCUGAUCAAGAAUUCCGGAGUUCUUUGGUGUGCUGUCCGCACUCGAGCUUGUUAG